ACACACUGUGCACUCCGUAUCACUUCCACUGUGCGAUCGCCAGUCAAGCCACUCUCCUCCUUCUGCUCAGGCGCCUUGAUGUAUCGCUGGCACUCCCAUCACGACCCACGUUGCUUUCAUAUCGACAACAGCUGAUCCUAGAGGGGUAUAUGAUCGACAUGCAAGCCGAACAGCACCCACCGCCGUAUGCCAGUACGUUCCGUAGCGAUCUAGGACCACCACCCUCUCCGCCGGAUGUCCUUCAACUUAGAGCACAUACGUCAGACAUCACACUACCGAGCAUCACAACCGUGCUAUCUCCCGACUAUGAGCGACUCUCAUCACCGCAAGGCAGCGUGCCUCGACUGGGCUCACCGGACUCAGUCCGGAGUUUACCACCCAUGGAGACACACGUACCUCCCAAUGGUGGAAGACUUAGCAACGGGACAGCAGGCAACAGUCCGGCAGAUAUGAACAGCUUCAUGAGCUUCAACGAGCUCAGCCGAAACCCAUCCAACGAGACAGAUGGUGACGAUGCGAGAACGCGCGAGGCUGCGGAGGCACUGGCCGGUCUAGGCAAUCCAGAGUUCGCUCGCUCACCACAGCACAUGCCCCUGCACGUGCACGUGCAGUCACAUGCAAGUUCGGAGCCUCGGCAGGAGUCCUAUCAUGAAGGAGAAGAGCCAAUGCUGCAGCUACUGACUCAAUCGCAUCCAUGGAUCGGUGGCGCGAUUGGGGGCAGUAUCUACGCUUACUCCACAACCAAGUCGUAUUCGCCUCGGUUCGUGCGAGCUGGUGCGAACAUGGUGGAGCGCAACAUCGCAAAGCCAGUAGUCAGUACGGUUGGUAGCGUGGGGAGGAUGACAGGCGUAGAGGGCGUGGCCAGAUGGUAUCUGACGCCACGCAGCCAUAGCGAGCACGAGCAGGCGGAGCGAGAGCGAGACGGCUCCGGAAGAGGCAAACGGAGACGCGACGCACACGACGAGAUGGAUGUAGAGUCAGGCCUUGCAAGUCCUCGCUCGGUCGCACGUCGCGACUCGUUCGAUUCAGCUAUGGAGUCGCUACCGCCAUACGGAGCCAGCAAGCCACCAUCGUACCGUGAGGAGGCCAGUCCGGCGUCGCUCCACAGGUCAAAGCAACUCCAGCGCCCAGCACAUAAUCGAACAUGGUCGCAGCAGCUCGUAGUAUCCGCGUCUGGCCUUAGCGUAGCCAUGAGCGAAACAUCAGGACAGAGUCUCGUCUAUAUCUUGGGAUUCCUCGGGCGCAGUGCGCAACACAUUGCGACACUCACUAACGCGCUCAAGCUUGUGCUUGAGCAGUACGAUCAAGCGCGCGACCAUUUCCACAAGACGCACGAUAUGCCAAAACAUGACGGUGAGCAGCGCCCACAGACACCGGACCAUGACGACGCGGCUCGCAGGCUUGCACAAGUAAUCAAACGCCACUGCGAUGACAUCUGGCAGACGCUUCGCACUGUCACAUUCUCCAUCUCCAACACGGUGGGUGGCGCCUUGCCAGAGAAUGCACGAGAGUUUGUGCGACGCCAGAUCUUGUCUCUGCCCGCACGCUGGCAGAAAGUGUCAGACGGUCAGAGCGGCGACAGCGACACCAGCCGUAAUGCGCAUCGCAUGAUUGCUUUCGCUACUGAAGGGCUUGAUAUGAUGGAACAUGUGGGCCUAGCCUGUAAGGCUACGCUCGACUCUGCAGAGCGUUGGGUUCAAGUCGUCGGUCGGCGCUCGCAGCAACCGCCGCGUAACGGACAAGGCCACACACAACACGCUUUGGGCCCGUAUAAGCCCUCUGAAAGCGGCCAGGCCGAAAGUCAGGAUCUAUCUGACCAUGCCAUGACAGACGGUGGCGACGAGCAGAUGAAAGACUAGAAGUCGCACUUCGCGUACAAUUCAACGCUGGCAACAAUGCCGCGGCGGUCAGCAAUGUCUUGUUUGAGGGCCUAUCUUGGUUUGGCCGGAAGCUGUAGCUCGGCGCACGGGAUUCGGAGUUGGAAACGGCAUUCUAUCAACAUCAGCAUCGUUAGCGUAGCAAAAGAGCGAGGAGUUCAGGCGCUCGUGGAAAUCGAGACCAGGGUACGUUAAUUGUGUAUGAUAUACAGAGGCAAGCAUGUCGACCCAAUAUCGUCAGCUUCGCCCGCAAUCCCAAUGCCAAUCUGUUUCUAUUGUCG